AUGGCGUUGCUGCAAUCAUCACACCGUGUCCCAAAAGUUGUGGAGUUGGUUUUGGCUCUCGUGGCCGUUUAUGCUGCUUUUAAAGUACUGACUGCAUUUGUGCAAUGGAGGAAACGGCAGGCUUUCAUGAGAGAGAAGGGCUGUCUGCCAGCGCCUUGGGUCCCAUCAUGGGAUCGCAUCUAUGGCCUUGAUCUAUUCUUCAAGAACAUGGGACACCUCAAGAAUCACACUUUGCUCGAGAAAACGAAUCGACGUUUCCAAGAGACCAAAUUCAGAACCUUCCAGCUGGUUGUCCUCGGCCGACACCUUCACCAAACCAUCGAGCCUGAGAACCUGAAGACCAUCCAAGCAAUCGAUUUCAAGAAGUGGAGCCUCGGAGAGCGCAGGAAGACUGCCUUCCACCCGCUUCUGGGAGAGGGUAUCUUCACCACCGACGGGGCCGCAUGGCAGCAUUCACGCGAGAUGCUCCGCCCGAACUUUGCCAGAACGCAAAUCGGAAACAUUGACACAUAUGAGAAACACGUUUCCCACUUGAUCGCAGCGAUCCCGGCUGACGGACAAACCGUCGAUCUGUCGGAGCUCUUUUUCCGCCUCACCAUCGAUUCGGCGACGGAGUUCCUGUUCGGCGAGUCUGUCGAAACGCUGGUGAAAGGCACUGGCGCUGGCUUCACCGAUGCGUUCACCCACAGCCAGGAGUACAUCGCUAACAGUGCACGAUGGGGCAAGUGGGCCAAAUACUUCCCAGCGAACAAGCGAUUCCAGCAAGAUGCCAAGCUGGUCCACGACUUUGUCGAUUACUUCGUGGACAAGGGCCUAGCGAAGGAGAAAUCUGGCCAAUCCGAUCCCGAACGCUACGUCUUCAUCGAUGAACUCGUAAGCCAGACAUCCGAUCGUGUGCGCAUCCGCAGCGAGCUUCUCAACAUCUUGCUUGCCGGUCGCGACACCACCGCUUCGCUCCUCACGAAUCUCUGGUUUGUCCUGGCCAAACGUCCUGAUGUCUGGGCUCGGCUUCAAGCAGAUGUCGCGCAGCUGGGAGGUGAGAAGCCAACCUUUGAACAGCUCCGGGACCUCAAGUAUCUACGUGCACUCAUGAACGAAUCUCUUCGCGUACAUCCGGUCGUACCGCUCAACAGCCGUCAAGCGACGGAGGAUACUACCCUGCCACUGGGUGGCGGCCCGGAUGGCCUUGCUCCUCUUUUCAUGCCCAAGGGGUCAAUCGUUGCGUGGAGCGUAUACGCCAUGCAUAGGCGGAAGGACCUCUACGGCGAAGAUGCAGAGGAGUUCAAACCCGAGCGAUGGCUUGACGAUCCCGUCACUGGCAGGAAGGGCUUGCGGACGGGCUGGGAAUUUCUCCCUUUCAAUGGAGGUGCACGGAUUUGUCUCGGACAGCAAUUCGCGCUCACCGAGGCUGGAUAUACCAUCGUCCGCAUGGCGCAGACGUUCAGUGAGAUCGAAAGCCGGGAUCCUAACGAUUGGCAGGAAUGGCUCACGCUCACCUGUACGAGCCUCAACGGUGCCAAAGUUGCGCUCAAGAGACGCUCGUGA